CACUUCAGAUGAGGGAACAUGUUGGCCAUGGACCAAGGAGUGGUGGAGGAAUGGCUGUCAGAAUUUAAGACGCUUCCUGACAGCGCUAUCGCCACAUAUGCUGCCUCACUAAAAGACAAAGGUGCUCUGGUACCUGCACUCUACAAGGUCAUCCGAGAAAACUACAGCGAUCUGCUGGAGCCAGUGUGCCACCAGUUAUUUGAGUUUUACCGGAGCGGUGUGCCGCAGCUGCAGCGUUUCACGCUACAGUUCCUGCCAGAGCUCUUGUGGAGUCUCCUGUCCGUUAGUGCUGCCAGAGACGCCCACACUUCCGGCUGCAUUGAAGCACUGCUGCUGGGCAUUUACAACCUGGAAAUAGUUGAUAAAGAUGGACAAAGUAAAGUGUUAUCUUUCACCGUUCCUUCCUUAUCCAAACCCUCGAUAUACCACGAGCCUUCAGCCAUUGGGUCUAUAGCUCUUACAGAAGGUGCUUUAGCCAAUCACGGUCUGAGCAGGGUUGUGUACAGCGGGCCACACCUCCAGAGAGAAACGUUUACUGCACAGAAUAGAUUUGAGGUGCUGACCUUCCUGCUGCUAUGCUACAACGCUGCUCUCAGCUACAUGACCUCCACCUCCCUGCAGUCCCUCUGCCAGCUUAGCUCCAGAGUGUGUAUAUGCGGUUACCCACGGCAACAGAUGCGUCGCUAUAAAGGCAUCAGCACACGCCUGACGGUUACGUCUGAGUUCUUGGUUCAGCUCAUUACGGGGAUCCACUACGCGCUGUGUAAUGGUGAAGUUGAACUGGGCUCCAAAGCACUGGAAGACGUUUUGUAUCGAGCUCAGCUAGAAUUGUUCCCUGAAGCUUUAUUGGCGGGUAAUGCCAUCAAGUCGUCACUACACGGUGCAGCACUUAAGAGCAACAAUAAGGAGGGUGGACGGAGCAUCCAAGUGGAGAUCACUCCCACCGCCUCCAGAAUCUCCCGCAACGCUGUCACUUCUCUCUCUAUACGGGGUCACCGCUGGAAGAGGCACGACGCAGUGGAUCUGGGUUCCCCGGACGAGCUGAUGGAUAUUUCAGAGGUGGAUGAAGGAGUUUGGCCAGCUGGGAUGGGGCCAGAUAUGACCCCUCCCACCAUCACUAUCAGCAACAGCACCACAACAUUGAACCUGGGAGCCAAGGCCCUGAAGAAGUGUCGGCUCGGCGGGCGCAACAGCAAGGACAAGGAAGCGGGGCCUCUAGUAACAGGCCGGGCUGCGAGCGAGAACACAGAGCUGUCCGUCAAGCGACUUACACUCACUUCCAGCCAGUCGGUGCCCAAAGGGGGUGCUCUCACCAGCCUGACGCGCACCGCCAGCGCCGUCUUCUCUCGUUCUUUUGAGCACGUGGCCAGCAGCAACCCUCCUCCUGCCAGCAACCACACAGCCUCUGAGGCAGGUAGCUACUCCUGCAGCCUGCAGGAGGAGGGGCUGGGGUACCUAAGUCCUGCCUCAAACCACACCCAGCGUUCCCCCAGCAUUAGCCUGCUUCUUGGCUCUGACCUUUGAACUCUUUGUAACUGUAUGAACCCUCAUCUCUGAGCCUGUGAUCUUGUGACCCUGUACCUGUGACCUGAAACUCCAAGCCAUGCCAACUGCCGUUGACCACAAACACGUGAAGAACUCUUCCGCUUGUAUUCUCCGUCACUCCGUUUAUGAUUUUCAGUGCUGUAAACCGGCUUGCUGCGAACGUCGGAGCACCUGAGCUCCAUCG